AUGUUUCCAAGGAAGAGGCUGCCCAUCUGCCGCGUCGGCUGGGGCCAGUUCCGUUCCCACUGCCUCUGCUCCUGUCUCUCCCCAUUUGCCAGCUUCCGCGAGAACAGGAUGCUGGAAUACGUGGCCUUUGCCUCGCUCUUCUUCAUCCUCAUCUCCAUCACCACCUUCUGCCUGGAGACCCACGAGGGCUUCAUCCACAUCAGCAACAAGACAGUGACGCAGGCCUCCCCGAUCCCGGGCGCUCCGCCGGAGAACAUCACCAAUGUGGAGGUGGAGACGGAGCCCUUCCUGACCUACGUGGAGGGCGUGUGCGUGGUCUGGUUCACCUUCGAGUUCCUCAUGCGCAUCACCUUCUGCCCGGACAAGGUGGAGUUUCUCAAGAGCAGCCUCAACAUCAUCGACUGCGUGGCCAUCCUGCCCUUCUACCUGGAGGUGGGCCUCUCGGGCCUCAGCUCCAAGGCGGCCAAGGACGUGCUGGGCUUCCUGCGGGUGGUGCGCUUCGUCCGCAUCCUGCGCAUCUUCAAGCUGACCCGCCACUUCGUGGGCCUGCGGGUGCUGGGCCACACGCUCCGCGCCAGCACCAACGAGUUCCUGCUGCUCAUCAUCUUCCUGGCCCUGGGCGUGCUCAUCUUCGCCACCAUGAUCUACUAUGCGGAGAGGAUAGGGGCGCAGCCCAAUGACCCCAGCGCCAGUGAGCACACGCACUUUAAGAACAUCCCCAUCGGCUUCUGGUGGGCCGUGGUCACCAUGACGACGCUGGGCUACGGAGACAUGUACCCGCAGACGUGGUCUGGCAUGCUGGUGGGGGCGCUGUGCGCGCUGGCAGGUGUGCUCACCAUCGCCAUGCCCGUGCCCGUCAUCGUGAACAAUUUCGGGAUGUAUUACUCCUUAGCCAUGGCUAAGCAGAAACUACCAAAGAAAAAAAAGAAGCAUAUUCCGCGGCCACCGCAGCUGGGAUCUCCCAAUUAUUGUAAAUCUGUCGUAAACUCUCCACAUCACAGUACUCAGAGUGACACAUGUCCGCUGGCCCAGGAAGAAAUUUUAGAAAUUAACAGAGCAGAUUCCAAACUGAAUGGGGAGGUGGCGAAGGCCGCGCUGGCGAACGAAGACUGCCCCCACAUAGACCAGGCCCUCACUCCCGAUGAGGGCCUGCCCUUUACGCGCUCGGGCACCCGCGAGAGAUACGGACCCUGCUUCCUCUUAUCAACCGGGGAGUACGCGUGCCCACCUGGUGGAGGAAUGAGAAAGGAUCUUUGCAAAGAAAGCCCUGUCAUUGCUAAGUAUAUGCCGACAGAGGCUGUGAGAGUGACUUGACCAGGCGGCUUGGCCCAGGACACUGGUGGCUAUUAAGCAUCUGGGUGGACCUGCAGCCCCUCCUCACCCUCGGACAGAGUAAAUUCACGCCAUGCAGGUUUGCCGGACGAGUCCGAGUGGCCCAGGCAUUGUACUAGGACGGACGUAGCUUUUUCUACGGCCAAAUGGUAACUGACCGUAGAGGAUUUCUUUUCCUUCUUUUCAUUUUUUUAAACGUUUGUUUUAUUUGGGGAGGGGGGGUGAAGGGGUUCCUUAGCAUGACUUGCAUGAAGUUAAACAGAAAACCCAGCAAACCAAACCCACCAACUCCCUGCAACUGUAUGAUUACCCUAAACAACAAUGAAAAGAAAAAGCAAAAGUUCUAUCUUUUCUUACAAAGCUCUUUACUUUUACACACAUUGCGGAGCCAAACUGUAAUGGCGUGCGGUAGAAACCUUGUACAGUUCUGGGGGUGGGGGCGGGAAGGAGGGACGGGAUGGGGGAAUGGACUGCUUUCCUUUUUGUGCACAAGAUCGAGAGUCAAGGUUCCAAAAAGGGCAGUCGGUCAGUCAUCGGUCAUAUUGACCUCACCUUCAUAGCGCAUCUCUCACGCGGAAACCGAGAACUUUGCUCCAAAUAGAAUUGUGGAAACUCGCACUGCCGCCUUCUUCCCUCUGUUGGCAUGCUUGUGACCCAGCGGACGUCUCCCAAGACCUCCGACAGCGGCUAGUCUAGGUUAUCGGUGUGUAGAUCCAGUGCGACCAACUUUCAUAACAAAUUGUUCAUAGUAGAUAACCAACACCGUAUGGAUCUUCCAAGUGUUAUAUUAAAGCCAGGAUGUAGUGCAUCACAAGAUCAGGAACGGGGGAGGGGCUCCCUCCUCCACCUCGAUUAAGGCACAACCUGGCAUUGUAUGCAAUUUAGUACUUCAGAGUAAAAAACUGCAUGCCCAAUGUUAUGCAAAGCGACUCGAGCAUGAAAUAAAUUUUGUAUCAUGGUUUCUGUAUAGUCUAAAGCAGAUUUGUUUUCCUGAAGCAAUCGGAGGUUUGCAGAGACACACUUCUGCAUCUCGAAUAAAUAUAGUAUUUUCCCAACAGAAACAGAGGACAGUAGCUUGGCUUUGGUCUGAUUCUAAAAUUAGUGGGGUGGGGGGAAGGAGGAUAUUUUUGAAAAACACAUGCUUGAGUUGAAAAAAUGCAACAUCUCGAGCUUCCACUGCAGCUCACAACAUUUCCUGGAAAGAGAGCAGCGACGCUUUAGCAUAACAGCCUUCCCUCCCCGGGCCCUGGCCCCCGAUAAUAAAAAGCUGACUUUUGAGAUGAA